GCUUUCUCCAUGUAUUAGCCCAACAGAAGCGAGGUUCAGCUCCAAGAACGAAAGGAAACAAUUCGCAAUGGAAGAAAUCUCAGGACAAUCGACUUUGACGCCAACAAUCGUCCGAUCACCGAGCUUUGGGUUAUUGAAAUGAUCACUGAUCCAUGUGAAUUUCACGUCAUUCAAAUGAAGCAGAUGUUCAUAUGCGUUUCUUAUAAUUGGUCUGCCUCAAAGUUUUUGUUCCAUGUUGACGCUUUCCAUUUCGAAUUUCGCCCUAUCUGUUUCUCCGAUGCGUUUAGAUGGAAUCUGAUCAACUCUGAUUUUCCUUCAUGGUCAUGGAUUCCAUUUCAGAAACUACGGUGGAUUAGUUCUGAUGAUAAGGUGGAAGGAUACUUAUCUUUGGAGAAAAUAUGCCUUCUGAGACCACAAGAGAACGAGCAGGAGAAAGGAGAGUGUUUUGAGGAAAUAGAUACUGCUGACAACAACAAUGAGUCUCUCGAUGAAGCUACAUUAGUCUCCUCCCCAAGUGAUCAUGAAGAAGUACAUUACUAUGAUUUUCACGUUCUGCACUGUUCUUCAUAUAGUGUUCCAGUGCUUUACUUUCGAGCUUACAGUUGUGAUGGACAACCUCUGACGUUUGAAGAAAUGAAAAAGGACCUUCCAUCACAGUCUGCAGAUACACUAUUGAAUUCAAAAUGGACAUUUAUUACUCAGGAGGAGCAUCCAUAUUUAAACAGAAUAUGGUUCAAAUUACAUCCUUGUGGAACGAGGGAAUGGAUGAAGCUACUCUUACUUAGUGACGCAUCCUGGUUCAAGAAUGAGAUAGCGAUUGAAAGAUAUGUCGCCUCAUGGCUCUCAGUUGUGGGGCAAGUAGUUGGCUUGAGAAUCCCCAUGGAAAUGUUGAAAGAUGGCGGUGGCACCCAGUUCUGAUUCUGGUGUUCCUCACCAUUUUAUCAGCCUUAUGUAUGUUUGGUUUUGCUAUUGGCAGGUGGAGGGUGCUUUUAGACCAUUGAAACCACAUCUCAAAAUUUGUAUAUAUAUUGCUUUAUGAUAUAAUCUGAUUAUGGGAA